CAUCUGCAGGCGGAUCUUGGUUCUACAGGCGGAGCUGCUCAACAAACCACAACCUCCUGAGGUUCUGCCGGACGGAACACGAGAUCAGAGUAAAUGCAUAAGCAAUGGAGCAUCUCUGUGCUCAAACGAGCUUCUGCCUUCAUCCGAUUUUCCGUGAGAUUGAAAAGCACAAAUGCAAGGCCUGCGGCUCCGCUGGGUUCACGGAUCCUGACCAACCCUGAAGACGUCUUUAAACACAACAUGUGGGACCAUGUACAAUGGACAGAGGAGGACCAAGAAGCUGCUCGUCAAAAGGCGGAAGAAAAUUCAAGUAUACGACUUCCUUCAACAGAACAAGAUAAAUUUGACACAGAUGCUUCCCAGUACUGGGACCAGUUUUACGAGGUGCACCAGGAUAAAUUCUUCAAAGAUCGCAGGUGGCUGUUUUUAGAGUUCCCAGAGCUGCUUCCUUCGUCUGCAGAAAAAAGGAGGACAAAUGCAUGCCUCAGUCAUCAGGUAGCAGCAGACCCAGUUAGCGGUAGCUCCCACACGGACGGGGAAACGGGACACUGUCGACACAAUGAUCCCAUUCAGCACCGCCGAAAAACAGACACCUUUUUUCCCCAGGAAAACGCGCCAGUAGAACCAAAUGAAACUGUCACACGGACAUCUUUUUUUCCAGGAGGGCACGCAUCUUUCAGGAUCUUGGAGGUUGGAUGUGGAGUUGGUAACAGUGUGUUUCCAAUUGUUAAUACCAUAAAGAACACAGACUCAUUUUUAUACUGCUGUGACUUCUCCCCUCGUGCCAUUCAGCUGGUUAAGGACCAUCCAGACUACGAUGAGGCUGUGUGUCAUGCCUUCGUCCAUGACAUUUGUGUGGAGGCGGCCUCUUUUCCUUUUCCUCCCCAGAGCCUGGAUGUCAUCCUAGCAGUCUUUGUGCUCUCCUCCAUUCAUCCACAGCGAAUGCAAAGAGUUGUGAACCAACUUUCCACGUACCUGAAACAUGGAGGAGUUUUCCUCUUUCGUGAUUAUGGGAGAUACGACUUUUCACAGCUACGGUUUAAGAAAGGUCGAUGCAUAUCAGACAACUUCUACACACGUGGCGAUGGAACCUGUGUUUACUUUUUUACCAAAGAAGAGGUCCAUGAUUUAUUUUCCAAAGCUGGACUUGAAGAAAUUCAGAAUCUGGAGGACAAACGAUUACAAGUGAACCGCGGAAAGAAAGUUGUAAUGCGUCGGGUGUGGAUGCAGAGCAAGUACAGGAAACCAUCCUGAAGGCCCCCGGAAGCACAGCUGCAUUUUUUUAACGUGUCUUUGAUACUAUUUAUAUUUCACCCAUUCAGCUGUAAAAUACGUUAUUUUAUUUUUGUGCAACAUUUUAAUUGCAGACAAAUAAGUGAAAUAAACUACUGAAAUACGA